GUCGCUGAUGAGUAAUUACCAAAACAAAAAAACAUUGCUAAUUAAUUAAUAACGAUGUAAACGAGCGCACAAUUUCUAAAGCUUUCGUGUUGGGUUUUAUUUCCCUUCCAAGGUUUAUCCACGAAUAUCCCUCUCUCCCCUCCCAAUCCACGAAACCCUAAUCCCAUCUUCUUCAUCAAGUUUUUUCUUUUUCUCCCUUCCUGCUAUUUAUAUAACAUUAACACCCCUCUCUCGUUUCGUACGAUUUUGAAACAAGUGUACUCGAGUUUUUUACGCAUACACAAAUUAACACGUACAAGAUGCCGGAGGAGGGGAGGGGCGCGGUGGACCGGAUCAAGACCGUGGUGGUCUUGGUCCAGGAGAACCGGUCGUUCGACCACAUGCUUGGCUGGAUGAAGUCCUUGAACCCGGCCAUCGACGGCGUCACCGGCCGGGAGUCGAACCCGCUCUCGACCGCCGACCCCGCGUCCCGCGUCAUCUACUUCGGCGAUCAGUCCGAGUACGUCGACCCCGACCCCGGCCACUCCAUCCAGGCCAUCUACGAGCAGGUGUACGGCGUGCCCUUCACGGCCGGCUCGACGCCGAUCACGCCGCCGGACGUGAAGGUGCCACCCAUGAACGGGUUCGCGCAGGAGGCGGAGAAGGAGAAGGCGGGGAUGUCGGAGACGGUGAUGAACGGGUUCCGGCCGGACGCCGUGCCGGUGUACAAGGAGCUGCUCCGUGAGUUCGCGGUGUGCGACCGGUGGUUCGCGGCGGUGCCGGCCUCGACGCAGCCGAACCGGCUGUUUGUGCACUCGGCGACGUCGCACGGCCUGACGAGCAAUGACACCAAGACGCUCAUCGCGGGCCUGCCGCAGAAAACCAUCUUCGACUCCCUGUAUGAUGCCGGAUACUCCUUCGGAAUAUACUAUCAGUAUCCCCCCGCCACACUGUUCUACAGGAACCUGAGGCAGCUGAAGUACAUUGGCAACUUCCACCAGUUUGAUCUGGACUUCAAGAGGCACUGCAAGGAAGGGAAGCUGCCGAACUACGUCGUGGUCGAGCAGCGCUACUUCGACCUGAAAAUUUUGCCGGGGAACGACGACCACCCGUCGCACGAUGUCUCCGAGGGGCAAAAGUUUGUCAAGGAGGUCUACGAGGCGCUGCGGUCGAGCCCGCAGUGGGAGGAGAUGCUGUUCGUGAUCAUCUACGACGAGCAUGGCGGAUUCUACGACCACGUCCCGACCCCCGUCGGGGUGCCGAGCCCCGACGGCAUCGUCGGAGCCGAGCCGUUCAAUUUUCAGUUCGACCGCCUCGGAGUCCGCGUCCCGGCCUUCUUCAUCUCACCGUGGGUCGAGCCCGGAAGAGUGGUUCACAAGCCAUCGGGGCCGCACCCCACGUCGGAGUACGAGCAUUCGUCGAUCCCUGCGACCGUGAAGAAGAUCUUCAACCUCGAGGAUUUCUUAACAAAGCGAGAUGCGUGGGCUGGCACAUUCGAGACUGUUCUAACCCGAACUACACCGCGAACAGAUUGCCCAGUAACCCUACCAGAAGCCAAAAAGCUCCGGCCGACCGAAGCCGCUGAGACUGCACCGCUAUCAGAAUUCCAAGCCGAAUUGGUGCAACUGGGGGCAGUGCUCAACGGCGAUCACGCGAAGGAUAUCUAUCCUGACAAACUAGUGGAGGGGAUGACGGUGGCUGAGGCCGCAAAGUACUGCAACGAUGCUUUCAAAAGGUUCUUAGAGGAGUGCGAGAAUUGCCGAAAGAACGGUGCGGACGGUUCGCACAUUGUCGUCGUGAAACCUACGAACGAUGAACCACCGCCGAAGAAGAAAACAUCGUUUGCUUCCAAGAUGUUUGCUUGCUUCACCUGUAGCCGGGCGUAGAUGUGGUUCUUCAAUUUCUUUGUGCUUUGGUUUUCACACAAGUUCUGGUGCUAAAUUUGUUACUUGAAUUAAUUUGUUUUUUUACAAAAAAACUGAGGAAAUUGUCUACAGAAAAUAUUAUGGCUUGCUUAUUUGGCUAGCGAAAUUAGGAAAGUUCAUGCAUUGUAUUCUAUGAUAAUAAAAAGGCAUAAUUGUUUUUCUAUUAAA